CUAUUAUCAAAACUCGCUAAAUAUGUCGAAAUUUCAGGCUUAGUGAUACAGCUUGGAAGUGAGCUAGGCGGAGCGCGACGUUUCCUCGAGCCGCGUCGCGACCGAAUUUGGGUCCGAGAGAGGACUCGCGUUCUUCGCCGAGUUUGAGCAGAGGCCGACGCCGCGGUGCUGCUUCACCUUGUUCCUCUUGCUGUUUGAUGGUACCGUGGCCUGGAGCUCGGUUGUCCCUGCGGGAAAACCGUGUUUUUGCCUCGUGGUUUGGACUCGGGGUUCGAAAGCGGGUCGGAUCCGUGAGCGUGGGCGAAGGGAGGCGGAGGACGGCGCGUUAGCGAGCGGAAUGGAUCGGCCGCUCGCUGGCGCGGCGAGUUUUACAGGCAGCUGAACCGAGCUCUUGAAGGUGCGGGCUUGGCCCUGUGCUUCCAGCGCGCCUCCCGUAUCCUGCAGCCAUGAGUUUGCGGGCUCCUAAUUGCCGAUGACGUAAGACGGCGCUCAACGGGGUUGCUAUAAAUCCCGGCUGCAGGUGUGGGUUUAAUAGCCGCGCUCCGCUGCGAGGCGGCGUGGCAGCGUCGAUCCCUGCGAGCUCCAACGCACUGAGCGGGGCCCAGGGCGUUUUUCCAGAGCCGUCACUUGCCGGAGGGUAUUGCCGGCCGCUUUGACCCGCUCCGUGGCCGUGGGGCAGCUCGUGCCGAUAGCAGAACAUAAGCCUGGUCCCGGAGGAAGGUGUUAACCGCCCUCUCCGCCAGCGGCUGCGCUUCAAAUCGCCUUCAACUGGUGGUGAAAUCACAACUGCGGCUGGAAACGCGCAGCUCUGCGAUGGCACCGACGGGAAGCCCCGAUAGGACUGUUAGGCUAAUGAUACCUUUGGCUUCUUUGAGGUCUAAAAAGCCCUUAUUUAGGCACUUAAGCAUAAUUACAGCCCGGAAAAACCGUAUAUUAGGCUAAUACUCUGUUCUUCUCCUCCCCCCGAGGCUAGAAGAUGCGGAAACCGUACCCGCUUCAUUAGCGCGGCAGCAGGGGGGAGCGCGCCGAGUCUUUAUCUAUUUAUUUUUAGCUUAAUAAUAAAAUUAACCUAAUUGUUACGCCUGCUUGUGGGAAGGAAAGCACGGCUUCUGUGAGAUGUUUUGAUUUAUAGCCCGCUUUGACCGGCGUGUGUGCCACGGGGUGGGAAUUCAGGCUCUGCCAGGUGCGAACGCGUGCGCGGGGCGCUGGCAACGUUGCUUUAUCGCCGCUUUAUUGAGGCCGCGUGACGGUUUAUCUGACUUUGGAGAAACGCUCGCUGGUGGGACGACUUCGAUUCUGAAUGAGGCUCCUAAAAUCGCGUUUGUGAAGCUCAUCUUUGUUCGGCGCGGAGGCGGCGCUCUGAACGGCAGCUACACCGACGCUGAUGCGCGCCCGAGGCGGAGAAACCCGGAGCAGGAGCGGAAUAACCUCAGAGCCGGGCUGUUAAAAUACCCUCCCGCCCUAGCAAACCAGGAGCGCUUUCCGCUUCGCUUUCAAAGGCGCAGCGCACAAACCGUUAAAUUCCCUUCACUCUGCUCGCAAAUCCCCUUCUGCAGCCAAGGCGAAAGCACGUGUUCCUCUAUCAAGACCAUAUGUAUGCCAGGCCUGAGGUUUUAAAGUCAAGGUGUUUCUGAAAUAUCGGAGUGCAAAUUAAGUAUCUGAGCAAUCUUGACUGUCUUCUUAAAAAAAAAAAAAAAAAAAAAAAAAAAAAAAAAGCCCUGCUAUCAGCCUCACAUAUAACUCAAAGGAUUAAUGGAAAGUUGAACUUUGAUCAGAGUCCAAUGGCUGAUACCGAGCGUGAGGCUUUCCAGGCCUGAAAGCGAAAUAAAAAAUCCACAGAGCGACUCUGAAAGAAAAAAAAAAAACACAGGGUGUGCGACAGCGUAAACCAUUUUGCGCGCAGGUCGGUCUGGAUUUAAGUGGCUCUUGCUGGCAGGUGGAAGCCUCUCGCUGUCGCAGCGCAGAGCUGCUUCUCCGUCUUGGCGAUGACCCGACUGGUUGGCUGUGUUUUCGGGCUGAUGUCUUCCCCUCCUUCAGAGACCUUCAGCGUUUUCGUGCGUCACUCGUGCAAUUUGAGCGUACUUUGCCUUUGUCCCACUGAAAAUCUUGCCAGUAGCGGAGAUUAGGUUACUGAGGUUAUUCCAGGUAUUUUAUAGCUUUGGAAAGAGAUGCUUUUGCCGUGCUGUUAAGGAAGAGGAUCAGGAUGACCUGCAUGGGCUGCUGUCGGCAAACUGGCUUCCGUGGCGUUUUCCCGUGCGGAUCUCGAAGCGUCUCGCAGGUGACCGGAGAAAACCCGAGGUUUGCAGCAGCAGAAGCUGUUUUGGUGCCUCGUCCUAGCCCGGAGCAUUGCGUUUCCGCCGCCCGUGGUCCGGCGCUAUGCGUGCGGAGCCCGGUCCCUCGCAGGUGCUGCUCACCGUCGCCGUCCUCAUCUCCGCCACGCGCUCAGAUUUAACUCCCCGCUUCGUUUCGGAGCCCCUGUCCACCGUGCAGAAGCCCGGCGGGCCCGUGCGCCUGCGCUGCUCCGCCGAGCCUCCCGCCGUUCCCAUUUCUUGGCUGUUUAACGGCGAGCGCCUGGAUGGCAGGGUGGGACAAAUGGAAAUCCAGCCGGGAUCUUUGACCAUCGUCUCCCUCGGCCCGUCCACGGCCGGCUCCUAUCAGUGCGUCGCCAACAGCAGCGUGGGCGCCGUCGUGAGCAGGCCUGCGACGGUCACCAUAGGCAGUCUGGGUGACUUUGACACGUCGGUGAAACCUGUCGUCACAGCCGAGGAAGGAGGUACCGCUUUCAUUGGGUGCAGGGUGCCGGAAAGCAACCCCAGAGCACAGGUCCGCUUCCGCGUGCGGGGAAAAUGGCUGGAGCGAUCGACAGAUAACUACCUAAUUCUUCCAUCUGGAAACCUGCAGAUUUUGAACGUAUCCCUAGCGGACAGAGGCUCCUAUAAAUGUGCCGUAUACAACCCGGUCACUCACGAUCUCAAAAUAGAACCCGUUGGACGAAAGCUCGUAGUCACUCGCUCUUCCUCAGCAGGCGUUCGCAUCCUCCACCCGCCGGUUUCGCAGGCGCUGGCGGUGCCCCGGCACAGCCCCCUGACGCUCGAGUGCAUUGUCAGCGGCUCGCCUCCGGCCUCCGUCCGCUGGUUCAAAGACGGCCGAGACGCGCUGGGCGGAGGCGGCUGGAAGCUGCUGCAUUCCCACCUGGCCACAGACAGGCUUGAGGCGUCCGACUCCGGCAAUUACUCCUGCGUGGCGCGAAACGAGCUCGGAGUGGCAAAAUACGUCAACUAUUCGCUCAACAUACUCGAACCUGCCUCAAUUUCUAAGGGCCUGCAGGAUGAAACGGCGGUCGCUGGAGCGGCCGUGCGUCUCUCGUGCGACGUUCGCGGCAACCCGGCUCCCACCCUCACCUGGCUGCACAACGCGGCCUCUGUCCUGCCAUCCGCACGGCACCUGGCGACCGGCGGCAGCCUGAGCAUCAGCGGCGUCACCGCGGAGGACUCGGGCUUGUACCAGUGCGUCGCCAGCAACGGGGUCGGACUGGCGCAGUCCACGGGGAGGCUUCGCGUCCAGUUGGGCAAAGGUUCCAGGCCGGUUAUCGUCGCCCCGCCAGCCAGCGCCAGCGUGACGGACGGCGGGGACGUCACGCUGUCCUGCAACGCCACGGGGCUGCCCCCGCCCGUGAUCCGCUGGUACGGCGGCGGAGGCCUUAUCGCCAGCCCCCCUCCCCGGGGGCUCCGCGCUGUCGCUGCCGCGCCGCCCCCCUACGUCGCCGUGGCUCGAGCGGGCUCGAGCUCCCUGCACAUCCGGAACGUGACCCCCGACCGCGCCGGGGCCUACGCGUGCGAGGCCACCAACGACCACGGCUCGGCGGUGUCUGAGGCGUUCCUGACAGUCGAAACGGGCACGAAAGCUGACGAAAGCGCCCCUUUGGAGGGUGCCCAAAGCGACGAGGGCGAUGGCGGUGCGGCUGCAGAGCUCUGGAGCUCGCCCCCGACGAAGCCGCGCGCCGGCGCGACGGAGAAAGCCUUCAGCGGCGUCGCUCCCCCCGAAGCCCCCAUCAUCCUCAGCCCCCCGCAGACGCUUAAGCCGGACACGUACAACCUGGUGUGGCGCGCGGGGCGGGACGGCGGCUCGCCCGUCAACGCCUAUUUUGUGAAGUAUCGCAAGCUGGAGGACGGCGGCGGCGCGGCGGGCGGCUGGCACACGGUGCGCGUCCCCGGCAGCGAGCACGAGCUGCGGCUGGCGGAGCUGGAGCCCUCGAGCCUCUACGAGGUGCUGAUGGUGGCCAGGAGCGCUGCCGGCGAGGGGCAGCCGGCCAUGCUGACGUUCCGCACGAGCAAAGAAAGAUCAUCGUCCUCAAAGAACACGCAGGCUCCGUCUCCGCCGGUGGGCGUUCCUAAACACCCCGUCCUUCACGAAGGCACGAAUAAUUUCGGUGUCGUCCUUCCGGACCUGUCUCGACACAGCGGAGUUCCAGAAGCUCCCGACCGACCUACCAUCUCCACGGCGUCGGAAUCGUCCGUCUACGUCACCUGGAUACCGCGAGCCAACGGCGGCUCCCCCAUCACCGCCUUUAAAGUGGAGUAUAAGCGCCUGGGCCGAAACAGCGACUGGCUGAUUGCAGCCGACAACAUCUCUCCGUCUAAACUGUCCGUGGAAGUCCGGAACUUGGAGCCAGGAGAAAUGUAUAAGUUCCGCGUGAUCGCCGUGAACAACUAUGGGGAGAGCCCGCGGAGCGCAGCCUCGCGACCUUACCAAGUGGCCGGCUUCACCAACCGCUUCUCCAGCCGCCCCAUCGCAGGACCUCACAUUGCUUACACCGAAGCCAUCAGCGACACUCAGAUCAUGUUGAAAUGGACUUACAUCACUUCAAGCAACAACAACACGCCCAUCCAAGGGUUUUACAUCUACUACCGGCCGACGGACAGCGACAACGACAGCGACUACAAGAGGGACGUCGUGGAAGGUACGAAGCAGUGGCACUUGAUAAACCACCUGCAGCCGGAAACGUCCUACGACAUCAAAAUGCAGUGCUACAACGAAGGCGGCGAAAGCGAGUACAGCAACGUGAUGAUCUGCGAAACCAAAGUGAAACGCACACCGGGAGCGUCAGAAUACCCCGUCAAAGACCUGAGCACGCCACCCAACGCCCCGGACCGAGUCGGGGGCGGCGGAGCCGGCCCCUCCAACGGCCCCGUCCGCAGCAGCGACAUGCUCUACUUGAUCGUGGGCAGCGUCCUGGGGGUGAUGGUCCUUAUUCUGAUAGUCUUCAUUGCCAUGUGCCUCUGGAAGAACCGGCAGCAGAACGCCAUGCAGAAAUACGACCCUCCCGGCUACCUCUACCAAGGCACAGAUAUCAACGGGCAAAUGAUCGAAUACGCGACCUUGCCCGGCCCGAGCCACGUCAACGGCAGCGUUCACGGCGGCUUCCUCGCCAACGGCUGCCCGCACCUCCAUCACAAAGUCGCCAACGGAGUUAACGGGAUUGGGAACGGAGGAGCUGGGCUUUACCCGGGCCACGGCAGCUCCCUGGCGCGGGCACGUGUGGACUACGAACAUCCCCACCAUCUUGUGAACGGCGGUGGGAUGUACACGGCGGUGCCGCAGACCGACCCCUCCGAGUGUAUCAACUGCCGAAACUGCCGGAAUAACAACAGGUGCUUCGGCAAACCGGGCAGCGCUCUGGGCGGCGGCACCCUGCCCGUCGCGGCGCCUUGCCGGCAGGACGGCUUGGAGAUGAAGCCUCUGAACCACGUCGUGGUGGCCAUGUGCUUGGCCUCGGCCCUGCCCGAGGACGGCGGCAAGGAGAGAGCGGAGCAGCCCUCCGGCCGGCGUUCCUGCUGCCGGGAAGACACGCGGCGGCUCUCCGUGGAUCACGCCGACGGUGACCGCUGCGCGCACUCGGAAACGGCGAACCACCUCUUGAGCUGGAGCCCCCUUAUCCUGCAGCCCCUCGCGAAGGACUGUGCCGAAAAGCCGGCGUGGAAACCGUCCGGAGUCACUUUAAACGGCGCCGGGGACCUUCGACAGCUCCAGCUACAGGAGACCUGAGGAAGCGACCGUUUCGCUCCGCUUAAAGCCAGUAACUGCACAGCAGCGUCACUGAAUGGGACCGAGGGAGGGAGGUUAAUUAUAACAGAGAGAGUCACUAUUUAUUUUUUGUAGUAGUGUCAUAUGAAUGUAUCUUGUUUUUCAAAUGGUUGCCUUUUUAUAUUAUUUAUGCCUUGAAAUUCCUCCUUUUUCCCCACGCACCAUGAAACUAGCCUGAUUUAUGUGUUUAAAAAAAGAAAAAGAAAGAAAAAAAUAAUAAUAUAAAGAACGACGGGAAAUA